CAAUGUCGGUGAGUAUCUUAUCAGUAAAAGAGUGGUGAGCAGCCUGCUUCCAAGUAUUUUCAUGUUAUCAUCAUAGAUCAAUGAUUCAAUGCAAUGUAAUGAGAAAUACAUCUUCUGCUCUGGCACAUUCCUUUUAUGCCAACCGGGAUUCAUGUCAUGAUGCUGUGAAAUUCAUGAUGACAUACCUUAUUCCUUAUUCAAUCAUAUUUGGCUUCUAAAACAAGGUUUUCAUACUUCCCUUAUAUUUGUUUAUAUUAGACUAAGAAAUUUCAAUGAUCUGAAGAAUUGUCUCUGUGCUAUAAUGUAAGUUGUCUUCUCUUUGUAUGCAUCUUAGUUUCUUAAUGAAUUGUUUGCUGAUUGCUUCCCCCUACCUGUACUUAGCCUUGUAGAUCUGCUUUAGGCCUUUAGCACUGACUUAUAUACACAAUAUUUUUCUGAAUUAAUCCGAAAGACCAAAUUGUUUAUUUUCAAUUUUCUGACUGUGCUGAGAAUUAAAUCAUACUCAUCUUUGUUUGGUCAUUGGUGUUGCAUCCAUGGUAUAAUACUAUCCGUGCUGUUUACAUAAGAUCAUCGUUUUAAGUUUGUGGAACUUGUAUGUGGACAGGACCUCAAUGCUUGUAAUGUGGAAAAGAAUACACCACUUCACUGGGCCUGCCUCAACGGUCAGAUUGAGGUAGUUAAGAAAUUGAUACUAGCAGGAGCAAAUGUAAGCGCUUUAAACAGGUGUCGUUCUUGGCACCAUCGUCUAUGUCAAUAGAUAUCAUGGAGUCAACAGGGAGCAGGACUUGUCACCACAUAUGAAGGCCGUAACGCAAAUGUGUUCACCAACUGAUUACAAGGAAGCGUGUAUGAAGAGCUUGAGAUCCGCAAACAAUACCGACCCUAAAGAGCUCUUCAAGGCCGCAAUCAUGGCCACGACUGAGGCAGUCAAGAAAUCACUCAACAUUUCUGACUCAAUUGUGGUUGAUGCCACAAAGGAGCCAAGAAUCAAGAUGGCCGUGGAUGAUUGCAAGGACUUGAUGGAUUUUGCGGUUCAGGAGCUUCAAGCAUCAUUUAGUUCUGUUGGUGAUAGCCAAAUGCACACAAUGCAGGACCGCGUAGCCGAUCUCAAGAAUUGGUUUAGUGCUGUCAUUUCUUACCAACAAUCUUGCUUGGAUGGGUUUGAUGACCCUACCAAGACAGAGCCUAACCAGUCUCACCCAGUUAAGGAUCAAUUGAGUAAUGGCAUGAUUGAUGCAAGCCAAUUGACAAGCAAUGUCUUGGCCAUUGUUGACAGUUUAGGCUCGGUUCUUGAGAAAUUCAAUCUCAAGCUCAACCUCCCCAGAACUAACCGUAGGCUUCUUGAGGCUGAUGGUUACCCAAGCUGGUUCUCUGGCGCUGACCGUAAGUUAUUGGCUAAGGUUGACAAUGGAGGUAUCAGGCCUAAUGCAGUUGUGGCUAAGGAUGGUAGUGGCCAAUUCAAGACCAUUAGUGCAGCUCUUGCUGCCUACCCCAAGAACUUAAGGGGUCGUUAUGUGAUCUACGUCAAGGCCGGAAUUUAUGACGAGUACAUUACUAUUGAUAAGAAGACAGUGAACGUGUUCAUGUAUGGUGAUGGACCUAGGAAGACCAUUGUCACUGGAUCCAAGUCUUAUAGCAAAGGCUUCGGUACCAUGCAGACUGCCUCUUUCUCUGCUGUUGGAGAGGGAUUUAUGGCAAAGUCCAUGGGGUUCCAGAACACUGCAGGUCCACAGGGGCACCAAGCUGUGGCUCUCCGCGUCCAAUCCGAUAGGUCGGUGUUCUUCAACUGCAGAAUCGAUGGACACCAAGAUACACUGUACUACCAUGCGCACAGACAAUUCUACCGCAAUUGCGUCAUCUCUGGCACCAUCGAUUUCAUCUUCGAUUACGGCGCUGCUGUGAUCCAAAACUCUUUGAUCAUCUUGAGAAGACCAAUGGACAACCAAUUCAACACAGUGACUGCAGACGGUAGGGCCGACAGACACUUGGCUACCGGGCUUGUGAUCCACAAUUGCAGAAUCGUCCCAGAACAGAAACUCGUCGCUGACAGGUUCAAGAUCCCAUCGUACUUGGGCAGGCCGUGGAAGGAGUACUCCAGGACCGUUAUCAUGGAGUCAACUAUAGGUGAUGCGAUCAAGCCAGAGGGGUGGUUUCCAUGGGCAGGAAACUUUGCUCUUGAUACUCUUUACUAUGCUGAGUAUGCAAACCGUGGGCCCGGUGCCAGGUUGGACAGGAGAGUGAGAUGGAAGGGAUUCCGUGGAGCCAUUCCUAGGAGAGAAGCUCUUCAGUUCACCGUUGAUGCUUUUAUUCAAGGAAAUCAAUGGAUUAGAGGGACUGGAGUUCCUAUGUUGGCUGGGUUGAAACAUUGAGGAUAGGGAUUGAUUGAUUAAUUAAUUAAUGGUGCAUUAAUUCUUUUUUCCUGGAGUAGUAGUAGCUUCAGGGGGGUCUCUCAACUCAUCCUCUCUGCCUUGAUUCUUUUUAUUUGGUGAUGAGGUCCAUUUGAUUUGCUCAAA